AUGAGAUAUGGGUCUGCUGCAGUGUUUCACUGCAUCUUGCUUGGAGCCCUUUCCAGUGGUCUGUGUAAAUUUAUGCAUAUAAAAUUAAAACAAGAAUUAGUUUUACUUUUAUUAACUUUUAUUUUUUAUCAUAGCACUUGCAAGCUACUGCCAACACGACUUAGCCUGCUAAAAUAUUUAAUAACCGAAAACUUAUACAUCAUUACAUAUCCGCCCUCGCCCACAUAAAGAUUUUGAAAUCUACGUUUAAUCGACUGUUAUGAUAAAUAAAAUAGAGCUAAACAGUUAUUAACCUAUGAGAAUAGGCAAUAUUUAAACAAGUUUAUUAAAUCUAUGGGGAUCGCUUCUCGAAAUAUUUAAUAUUUGGUGAAUUGUACUGCAGUAUGUGGGUUGAAGUUAGCCAUAAUCUUGGUAAGCCGAUGGCGUCAAAUGGCUUUGAGUAAACUGUUUUUAGCUAGCCAAAGUACACCAGCUUUGCACUUUUGAAAUACGCCGAAAAAAUAAAAAGUUGUUUUCAUCAAACAGAGCUAUUAUUGAUAUCUGAAAGGUAAACGACUGACCAAAAUGAUUAGUGACGACUUUAAAGCUGCAAUAUCCUCAAUAGAGUACGUUUUUAAGAAAAUCCACAGUCAAAAAUCCCAAAAUGCGUCUGUUUACUGUGCCUUUACAUUAAUAUAUGCUUGACUGCAAACGAAAUAUAUUGUAAAGGAAAUAGAAAAAUCUUUCAGAAGCGGAUUUGUGAUGCACCAAAAACCUUCUUACUAGCGAUAUUUCUUAAAGCGUAUUUACUAUAAUAGUUUUUUUGUAAGAAUUCGUUAUCAGAUCACGUCUAUUCAAAAUUUAUACUUAAACAAAUGGGGCCUUUUAGUUUUUCGAGAUCUUUUUAAUUCUCGAAUAAGUAAGAGCCUGAUCUCCUGUCAGAAUAGAGCUUAAGGCAUUCAAUCAACAAGCUGUGUACCUACAGUGUAAGAAAAUGUAUACAAUCGUUUAACCGACUAAGAAGAUAUCACGCAAAACUUAUAAAUAAUUGAGAAGGACGUAGGGUGCUUUUAUACUCCUAAAUAUCAUUGUAACACAUACAGGCGCGAGAAAACCGUAUUCGGUAGAAUAUACAUAUUUAGGUAGUGUGGAUUUUUUUAACUCUUUCAAGUGCAAUCAAAAAAUAAAAGCAUUUUUAAGAAAGUCUGCACUGAAAUAAUUUCCAUAAAAAUGUGGCAUUAAUUCAUAUCCUUUCCAAAUUUAUUCUUGAGAAUGUGGUAACGUUUAGUUCCAAGAUAUCUUUUUAAUUCUUUAAUAAGCUUGAGCUUGGACUCCCGUCGAGUUUGCAGUUAGGGCUUUCAGUUUACAAGCCGCAUGUUUUCUGUGUAAGGAAAGUCAACAUUGCUUUGACCCAUUAAGUAAACAUCCUGCGGCUUUUGCGAAAGUUUGAGGCGGAUUUAGAUUUCCCUGUGUUCUUAGUAAGUAGCAUUGAUAACUAGGCGGAUGCGAUGUAACCUGAAUUUUUUAAAACCACAUCAUGCAUUCUGUGUUAGUAUAAAUCUAGAAAACGCGAAUGGCUGCCAAACAAAUUAUAAAAAAAGUAUUUUAGGUCUUAUUUUGCCAAAAUACGUUGAUAUCUAUAAAGGCAUCGAAAAUCAGUAGAACGAAGGGAUGCUGCCUAGGUACACCUUUCUACAUAGCGUGGUUUUGCAGGCGAGCAGAAAGGAGUGCAUUCGAAAGCCAGAAUCCUAUAGUGGCCUAAAUAUCAAAAACCAUUUCAAUUCUUUAAUAAGUUUGAGCUUGGACUCCCGUAGAAUUUGCAUUCACGGCUUCCAACUUACAAUCUGCAUGUUUUUCGUGUAAGAAAAGCCCAUAUGUUUUUGAGCCAUUAAGAAAAUAUCAGGCAGCUUUUGCGAAAGUUUGAAACGGAUUUAGAUUGAAUUUUGUUCUUAGUAAGUAGCAUUGAUAGCCGGACAUAUGCGAUAGUACUUAAAUUUUUUUAAAUCACAUUAUUCAUUCUGUCUUGGUUUAAAUUGAAAAAUAGGGAAUUGCUACCAAAAACAUUAUAAAAAGAGCAUUAUUGGGAUUUGUUUUGCCAAAAUACAUUUAUAUCUAUAAUAACAUCGAAAAUCAUUCGAAGGAAUGGAUGCUGCCCGAGUACUCGUUUCUACAAGGCGUGGUUUUGCAGGCGAGCAGAAAGGAGUGCAUUCGAAAGCCAAAAUCCUAGGAUGUCUGAAACAACAAUGGAGGACUCUGUCAGUUAACCACUAUUACAAACUCACCUAAGUGGCCCUUUCUGGUAGUAAAUGCAGUUCAAGAUUUCAGUCAACACUUUAUGUGAUCGGUCAUUUGCUCCUAGUGCUUUUGCUUUGAUGGCCGUUAUGACCCGCUUCAUAAAAGGGAAAUUUUAAGGAAAAUUUAGCGUCGGUCGAAUGGUAAAUGACAGAAUAGUUUCCAGCUUCCUUUACGUAUGAAAAAAACUUGAAUGUGCGAGGAAUUAGGAAACACGCAGCGCUGAUCCUAAAAGGGUUUCCGAUAUGGCGUAUAUUCAGUCCCAUACGAAGCAGUCAAGGAACACAUAUCGCAUAUUCACUGCAUGGGAAACCGACAUCAGACCAGCCGAACUUUGAUGUACUCGGGAGCUGCUAACUAUGGUAGACAUGUGGCGGCCUACUUAACGCAUCCUGCACAAUCCACUGCUUUUAUCUGAUUUGAUCUCUGACGAUGGAUUCUAAUGGGAAACCGCAACGUUAGGAUUACAAAGCUCUUGUUCCAUCAAUCAUGAUUCCUUCUUACAGGGUACUUCCUAGAACUCGCCUCUUUGUUUCUAUUGGCGCACAAUAAGAAUUAUUGUUGAGUAUGAAGUAAAAGAUGUUUGAAUACAGGUGCAUCCGACAAUCGAUAGAUUAGAACGGUGGAUGAUUAAGACGAAUAACGGCCCCAAACAUCUAAUAUUGUUAUCAGAUCUCACGGGGAAAGGCAAAGAGCUUAUUACAUGCGUUACUAUACUUUGUUUGGCAGUCCACACUACGAAAAACAUUAAAAAUACAAUCGGAUGUGAAAGCCGAAAGUUUGCUUAACUGACAAAGAAGGUCGGAAAGAUUAUUAAAUGCCUUCUGUCGUUAGACUGCAAACGGCUGCUAUGAAGUCGAACGCGUAAUUCAUAGAAGGCUGAUUAGGUGACUGGCAAAUGUUAAGAACUCGCAUAUGACCAACCUGAAUGCAGAUGGAUUGGAGUUUCCUAGAUUGAACUAAAAAUGUGAACGCUUUUUCGCCAGAUCCUUGUACUUCAGAGACACUAUUAAACUUCACAGCUUCCCCUGUAUGUAUAACAAGUUUCUACGGAACCUAUGCUCACCUAAACCAUUUCUCCCAAAUUUUAAAGCUAUUCAAGUUGAGCCUGGGUUUCCUACUGACUGUGGAGUUCCCACCGUCCGACGGAAACAGAAUGAGGAGGCCGAGGAGAGAAAAGUCCGCGCGACACCUCACAGCUGGCCCUGGCAUGUAAGCAACCUCUUUUUAUGCCUUCCAUAUCGCAGCGACGCAAAUAAAUAUAAAAGUCAAAUAACGUAAAUGGCGCCUUACACUGGCCAGCUUAUGUACUUUAUCUGCCUAAGCCCGCCGAAUGACAAUCUCAUAUUAGGCAAGAGCUGUGUAAGCUUUAGAGUACAAUUUGCAGUAAGUUUGUAAAUUGGUAUCUUGCAUUUGUUUUACAUUUGAACCGAGAGUUCGCUGAUGCGUCAGUGUUUAACUGUAGAUCAGAAGCAUAAUCCCCCCAAGUCGUAGACAAAAAUAUAAGAAAAUUGGUGGCAGAGUGGCGCUCACCGAUCGUGCUUACGGAACUCUCUUCUUCCGUUUUGCCUUAUGGGUACUUUCUCGAGGCCGACAAACAGCCACACAGUGGCGCAUGAUAUAGGUAGAAUGUUAUUACGGAAAAGGACAACGGAGAAUGGAAUGGCCACUUCUGGGUUACCAACCGUCCCCAGCCAGUCAUAUCCGACCCGGGAGUGUGUAACACCUAGUAACAUCAAGCUGACCUGUUUGGAAAAUUUAUUAUUUGUCUUAAAAAUCAUAUUAAAGAUUUCAUACUCAAUGGUAGAAUUUAUUUAUUUAAAGCAUUAAUGACCAUGACAGGGAAGACCAGAAUGACCAUUUCCAGUUCAUCAACCAUCGUCUGCCAGCCAUAGAUAACUUCAAGGACUGCGACCCCUUGGGCUCGAUCGCGCGACUUGUUGGUUAAAAUUCCAACGCCCUAGAGACUGAGCCACAGGCUCGAUGUUCUGUCAGUUCCAUUUGGGUAAAGCCAAUGGUUAAGGAGGGCGCUCAAUAACUUCAAACCAUACCAGCCUGCCACUCUGGAAGUUAAUCCACGACUUAAAAUAUUCCAGACCACGCACUCAAAUGAUGCAGCGGAAGAGUAAAUGGGUUUUUGUCUUUGUCAAAAGUGUGUUUACUGAACAGAAUCAUUUCAUAUAAGCGUUCUAAGAUCAACUGUAGACAGCAAAGUAACAUUUGAGCCUUCGAAAUUAAACGACAUUUAUUGCGAGCUCCAAGAUGAAUUUUAUGUGUCAGAAGGCAUGAUCGUUGGAAAAUUGUCAGGCGAGUUAGGACGCUCCAGAUAGAGACACAGACGUCCUCUCGUUCGCCUGUCGAGCACGACAGAGGAACCCCACGCCGUCGAAUCAUACGCGACUCUCUAGCUGCGCCAACCCACGAUGGUCUGGACAAGAGCUUUAUUAGCCUGACGUUUCGGAUUCCUACUCGAAUCCAUCAUCAGAGACAAAAGAGCAGAAACCCGUUUCUGCUAUUUUGUCUCUGAUGAUGGAUUCGAGUAGGAACCACGAUGGUCUGCCCAUUACAGCGCUUAGAGCGUAACCAAUGGCUGCACAUGAACCAGUCUGAGACAUGACCUGUCAAUAGGCCGUCAAGGGCAGAAUUGUUUAGACCAAUUCUCUGUCUUUCUGCUUGCCUCCUGUUCCACUCGACAACUGGCAACAUGACAGUGCGACCGUAGUUUCCGACAAUGUCUACCGUGUACUUCACAGGCGCGUCCGGUGUCAAGACUGGAGGCGGGAAAGGGAGCAGAAGGCCUGCACGGUGAAAGCGCGCAAUUUGGACGUACCGCCACACCCCCCAGUCCAAACCAGGACUUUGCACAACAAGAGGCUCGAACCCCACGGAGCGAGAUUAUCAUUAAUGAUCUAGAUUGUUUACUGAUGAGGAAAAUGCGUUGCGACGUCUUACACAGACCCCAUCCCCUGUCAGAGCUGGUCAAAUGUAUAAUGCGGGGAAUGGACACAGUCGGUGACAUUGUCAAUGAUCUCGUCUACGCGUGCCAAACACACGAUCUAGACGCGGGUGACAUGGGUUUCACAUGCGUUUCGAGAGAGCCUUACUAGCGCCAUGGUACCGACGGUAGCAACAAGCCCCUCGCAAGUUGCAAGCACUUGGUGUAUGGCGAGUAACGCUUUUUUCUGCCCUUCAAGGUGGGUUUGUGGUCGGACCGAAGGGGAGAACAUCCGUUCUGUGGAGGAACGCUCAUCAGCCGCUCUUUGGUCGUAACUGCGGCCCAUUGCAUCGGUGCUCUCAUGGGUUGCAAUGCAUUACCAGUAGGAAAGCCAUUCAGCAUACCAGCCGCAACGGGUGACCGACUUCAGGUCCUUGUCGGCGCUCACGACUACACAAAGGCUGAUAAAUUGAAUACGUUGCUUUCCGUCCGGCACGUUGUCGUUCAUCCGAAGUACAAUGACAGCCUACGAGAAGAGGGCUAUGACAUAGCGUUGCUGAAGCUUUACGAAAAGAUAAAUCCAGGUAUGUUGUUACAGUAUGCACGCGACUGUUUCGCUAUAAUGAUAUUAAACAUUAGUCUAAAAAAUCCUUAGAAAUUCAUACGCUCACAUCAUGAAAGUUUUUUUUGUCUCCACUAACAAAACAGGUCAAUAAGAACGACCCCUUGCUAAUUCAGGUGGCUUUUUGUUAAAUUGGGGAAAAGACAGAUACGGUUGCAUUCUAACUUAUCCGAAACCUAUUCGCGGAACUAAUCUUUACCUUAAUCAUAAUUUCCCUGAAAUUUGGCUCAUAGUUACAGUUAUUACGCGAAAUUGCGUUUUCGCCUGCUCUUCCAGGCCUGAGGUGCAUAUUAGAGAUUGCUACCAAGCGGACCUGCUCAAAUGCAACUUUACUGAUCUGGCUUUUGAGAAGGAACUUAAAUUGCUUUCAUAAGCUAAACAGAGCUGUUAUUCUUUUAAUCGUUCCGAAGCCGGAGAAAUCAGAGCCAUAGGCCAAUGUCGAGAAGGAGGGUAGUCAUCGCGAUAAUCCGAGUUUAGGACGACUUCGUGUAUUAUGAGAAAACGAUUAUUUUAUCGAUAAACAACUGCUCUGCUCUAUGGCAUCUCGGUAACUGCAGUAUUAAUAUAUCACAAUCAUUAGCGCUUAUGCGACAAUUCCAGCGGUAAGAACGUGUCUAGCUCCUGUAAAAUAGCAAAUGUAACUAGGCGUUUUAGGAUGUCGGAUUCCUUGUCCUUUACGCAGAGCGCAUGCGAUAUCGUAAGAACUUUUGUUUUAUUUUUUAACGUCGUCAAGGCGAGAGAAUGCGGCAUAUCUGCUUUCCCCCUAAAAGUGUGACGCUACAGCGUGGCUCCAUUUGCUACUUCGCCGGUUGGGGAGGACUUUACAAGCAACGCUCACCGGGACAACUGGUUUAUCCGAAGACACUCAGGGAGGCUGAGGUUCAAAUAGAACUCGAUGAUCCCUGCAUGGAAGUCUUUGCACCUUACUACCGCGAUAAACAUUCAUGUACCAGAACAAGAGGCACGGUACGUCCUAAUGAAUGUACAAUCUAUGCAAUUAUACCAGCUACUUAAUUGCGGUAAGUAAACAAUAAUUUAGUACACCAAGAAAACAGCCUUCCUGUCCCGUGCAAGGAAAAGCCUUACCGGUGACCAGAAAUAACACUGCCUCGAGUGUGAAAAAUGAUUGAAAUUCAACUCUUUGCAUUAGCCACUUGGGAUGUUUCAUCUCCUCGUCGCCGCAUGCAUGCGGAUCUAAGCAUGCAUCCAGUCUGACCUUUCUGGCACUCGAUCCCAUACAAUACCACAGAUUGCUCUUUGGGAUGGAGCCGGAGUUAAAUCCUCAAACAGGGGACAUAUACUGCACCAAAUGCAGGAAUUGUCCUCAAAACUAUACAGGUUGAACUGGACGCACACUUGGAUUUCGUGUACAUGAGCAUAAGCUGUCUGUGCAUCGAGGUGGAGAAGUAUCGCGGGUGGCUGCACACACCUAAGAACUAAGCCUUUGAUUUAAGUUCAUACAUAAUAUGAUAAUCGCCCAUGCAAAGUACAAAAUAUGUCAAGAAUUAAUUAAAGCUCAGAGGUCAGACCAGUACUCAGUCCAGCAUAAUAUCUGUCCGAUGCCAAAGUAGAGAGUACUGAGCAAUAGAUCGAUGAUUGACUACCAGGCAUUCAUGCUCAAGUUUGAUGUUGGCAGAAAUACACAAAAUGUUCCGAUGAUUGACCAGUUCCUAUUUAACUUGUAUAUAUAUAGGUAGAAUGGCAUUACCGACAAAGACAAGAGAGACUGGAAUGGCCAUUUCUGGCAUAUUUGCCGUCGUCAGCCAGCCAUACCCAAGCCCGAAGUGUGGAACACCCGAGCCUCGAACUCGCGACCUGUUUGUUCAGACGUUCACGCCUCUACCCACCGGGCCACGAGCCCGUAAUUAUGUUAGUUAUCGAUCGGGAAUAUACAAGGUUAGGGGGCGCUCACCGAUCGUUCAUACGGAACUCACUCGUUCCGUUGUGCCUUAAGGGCUCUCUCUCGGCUAUUCCAGUCUCCCUUGUCUUUGUCGGUAAUGCCAUUCUGCCUAAGUAUCAUGCGCCGCUGUGCGGCUGCGGGUUGGGUUCGAGAGAGAGCCCUUAAGGCACAACGGAACGAGGGAGUUCCGUAUGAACGAUCGGUGAGCGCCCCCUAACAUUGUAUAUUCCCGAUCGAAAACCGACAGGACAACGGGCUCGUGGCCGGUGGGCAGAGGCGUGGACUUCUAAACCAACAGGUCGCGAGUUCAAGGCUCGGGUGUUGCACACUUCGGGCUUGGGUAUGGCUGGCUGACGACGGCAAAUAAGCCAGAAAUGGCCAUUCCAGUCUCCCUUGUUUUUGUCUGUCAUACUAUUCUGCCUAUAUAUAUAUUCUACUCAAGAUCCAAACCCCUCGCAGCUGUUUCACGCAGCGGCAGAAUAUCGGCCCAACACGUGUCUGGGCUUUUAGCAAGUAUGUGUGUCGAGAGUAUGGUAUAAUACCUUUACCAUAUGGAUUUCAUGCUACUCGUAGUACUACUUGUUUCUAGAAUGGGGAUUACGUGCUUAUUCUACAGUAGGUAAUUGUCGUCAUCUCGAAUGUUCUUUGAAAUUUCGGUUUCGACCCUAAAAGGUCAUGUCCCGGAGAUUUAACUCCCAGUCCUUCACUGAGAAAUUUCUGAAAUUAUUCACUUGAUUAUUCUCUGGAGUUUAUAUACGAGAAACCGCAUAGAGAAGGCCGGGGAUCCCACUGAAGAGCCAAACCCUUCGCAGCUGUGUCACGCGGCGGCAAAAUAUCGUCGAACCACGUGUCUUUGCUUUUAGCAAGUACCUAUGUCCGGGGUUACGGUUUAAUACGUUUACCAUAUAUAUAUACAAUAUUUCGGAGAAGGUAGUUUACCUCAGCGCAGGUCUGCAUUCGGAUUUAUACAGUCUCAAUGGUUGUUCUGUAUAUUUUAGAGUCCAUGUGUUGGAGACAGCGGCGGUGGACUAUUCUGCCCUUCAGAAGAGGACGGCAGUUUCUUCUGGUAUGGAGUGAUAGAGGGUGGAACAAAUGACUGUAGGGGAAGCUGUGCAAUUGUCGGCAAAAUAAAGGCAAUUCACACCUGGGUAAAAGACACUGCGUUUACACUUGGCCUGUAAUAAGCCUUUUGUGUGGAAAUUGCAAUGUGAUUGAAUAAACAACUUUUCACCAGGUAGCAAGUUUGGGUGCUGUACAAUGUCCAUAAAAGCAAAAAUGUUGUUCGGAUUUCGUUAAAUAUUUCAGUGAACUCUUUAGUUGAAGCCUAUCACCCAAUUCCAAUGAUGGUGAACUAGGCGACUCAUGCAACACUCCCGCAGUGCCAAACGACCAUGCUCAGCAAGUAAUCCGAGAUCGGCGACUGUCGACAAUAAAUAAAAUGAAGUAAAAAUGUUUGAGGAUUUCUAAAGACAGAGUUAUUUUUCAUCCCAAAAUAUGUGGCUUGAAUGCAAUUUAUUAACUUGAAGUUUCAAAGUGGGAAUGAAAGGGCAAAUUUCCCCCCCCCCCCCAAAUUACAUCGGAAAUGAACUGAAUUAAGACUGCCUCGUGAAAGUUUUAUCCCACUUGUCUGAAUCGGAAUGGGAAAUAUAGUGCCCCACAACAGUUUAAUGAAUAAAAAAUGUAACAAGUCCGCCGAAUUAACAUUAGCUCGAGAAAGAUAUGACUUUGGGACAGAGUGAAAACGAGUUCCGGGCUGAUCCUGAUCCAUUGCAAUAGAAUUCCAAUGCAGCGUGCAACGCACGAUCGACCCUGUCCAUCGGCUGAAGCAUGCCAUCCUACACGAUUGUGCAACGGAAUGCCGCAAUGCAAGCAGGUGAAGGCAAAGAAGCAUCACAGUAAAAUCAAUAUAAAGCCAAUACAAAAAAUGGCUACUUAAAUUCCAGGAGUAGAAAGGUGGCGAGGUAUUAAAAUGGGUGAGCACAGUGGCUGGUCACGCAGACGGCUCGUAGAUCUCGGGUGAGCAGAAAUCUGCUUCGCCGAACGAUCAUGAACAUAACGCGAUUCAAAAUGAGGGACUGCCAAAAAUGCUCCCACGCAGCCCAUGUGGUCACAUCCACGACAUGGUUUUAAGUCUGUACAGACGGAACUUCGUGCCUGCAAAGAUGCAUUCAGGGAAAUCAGCUGAUUUAGGCGCAAGAUGUAUAAUAACUUUGACAUCCGACACGGAUUGCAGUGACGGAGUACUGAUUCCGUCCAGUGACGCAGUAAAAAUUUUCUUUUCUUAUGAUAAUACACCCUUUCUCGGGCCUUUGCCAGUGCGAAAUUGAGGUCCUACAUAAAAAUAGUAGGCUGUGGUAAUAACGAAGAUCGAGCGGACUCAGCGAUCGCGUCUCGUACACACACGUCUUUGACUCAAUCUGGAGUCCCACUAGCGGCCGCCCUGCGGCUAGUAUAACAGGCAAAACAACAUUAACGACAACAACGAGGGAGAGUUAGACAGUCGUUUCUGGUUUACUUGCCGUUAUCAGUCGGCCACACCAAGCCUUGAAAUUGUCAACCCCGAGGGUCAGUGGUAAGGGUGUUGGACUUGUGAACCGGUAGGUCUCUGGCUCAAGCCUCGAGAUGAACACAUAAGCAUGCUUGCAAACCGCCUUUGUGUCGCAAUAUCACACGCAUCGAAGACAUGUUGAUCAUUCUUUAUGUGCUAUCUCGCGUCCUGCAUUUGAUUGGCAAUCACUUCCGUCAUACCAGUCGGCAGUGGUCGAUUUUUAUCUCGUCCAUCGUAUAACUGACUUCAUUCAGGAAGACGUUUGAUAUUCCACUUACAUUUUCGCUUUAUUUUGGAGGCGGUAUCAAAGGAGCUUUGACAAGUUGGUGGUGGAGGAGCGUCGUGACCUUAUUCUAGUAGUCCAUUUGCCUAGGAUGGAUGCUAAUCGUUAUUUGUAUAGUCAAGGCCGCUUUAUCAGCGACAACCCUUAACAAAUUAUCGUCCUUCAUUUAAAGUGUGCUUACAAACUCGUGUUAAAAAUGAUUAUCGGAGGCGAUGAAUAAGAAUGUGUGAAUGUGAAUAAUGAUCACAUUCAACCUAUCAAUUGGUGGAAACGACACGCAAAUAUCACAGGCUGCCUGUUGGCGUAACGGUAAGUUGUUGAAUGCUUCCCUUCUCAAAAGGGGACCCAACAGUAGUUAGGACAGUGUCCCGGCAGAUUGAAUGGUAUGUGUUGAUUUUAGUGGCUAUUGUUCCAGAUGGCGUGGAAUUGGGUACUCAGACUGGAACUGGAGCUCUGUAGCAUAAAUUUUAUUCAUCUGAUGUUUCGGAUUCACUGGCAAACUCAUCAUCGCCAUAGGAAAACACAAUCGUGCAAAAGAUGAACUCGCGAUCGAGCUGACAGUGGGUGUAUUGUAGGAAGAAUAGCACUUCCGAAAAGGAUAAGGGAGACUCAAAUGGCCAUUUCCGGCUUCUUAGCCGUCAUCGGCCAGUAAUACUCAAUCCCGGAGCAUGUAAAUACCGAUACUCAAACCUGGCAUCUGUUGGCUAAGUGUCGAACGCCCCAACCUUUGAGCCUUGGACUAGAUUUCCACCAGGUUGCGAUCGUGUAUAUUAACAGUGUUGAAGAAGAAGAGUCUAGCACCGGAACGCUUUGCUUAUUGUUCUGAGCUUUCAGACUCGUGUAGGAGUCCAUCAUCAGACGUAGUUGCAGCAGCAGAAAAAGCGACAGUUGUAGGGCAUGUAGGCCAAUCAUCGACCGACGGCGCAAGACUGGAUGUGACAACGCAGGGCUCUGUACGCCGGCGCCAGAUAGAUAAAUCGAUUGACCGAGUUCUCAUCCGAGGCCUAGGCUUCAAUCACUUCUCGGCCUGUUUUGUUUCUGGCGUGGCCGACUAUUUUGUUGGCAGCGAAGUUAAACUCGUGACACAUUUCGUAAGUGUUGGCGGCCACUUGUGAUAAUGCUUCACACAGCCAGUUUAUGUUCGUGUAUGCACGAUCCGACCAUGCGCCCAGUCAGACCUGUGUGGUUAAAAGGACAGUUUGGACACUACACUCCAGAUUGCUCUUCAGGCUUUAACCGGUCUUUAAUUUUUAUGACCUUACUGCAAAUGUUGGCUUUGUGGCGGUGUGCAAUUCCAACACCUAGCCCAACAGCAAUGCGCUCGGUUGAUUCUGAAACGCCCUUGAUGUAUGGCAGAGAAUGCCAUAUCGUUGGUUGUGCUGAUGUUAGAGUCCUCUGGUGGCGACCGCGUAGGCAGCGACUUAUGAAUGCCCUCGGAUAGCCGUUUUGCACAAACUGGUCGCGGAGAUAACGGGCCUCACGUGCUCUGUCCUCCGGUUUGCUGUAAUGAGUUUGGAUCCGUUUGAAGAGCGUCUUCACACAGCUUCCCCAUGUAAGCCACCGGAUGUUUACUGUGAAAACUGAGAAGCUGUGUGGUGUUCGUUGCCUUCCUAUAAACCGUCGUUUCAAGUUCACCGUUAAGGUUUCGUCUAACAAGCACAUCCAGGAAGGGCAACCGCUGUUCCUGUUCUUCUUCCCUCGUGAAAUUUAUAUCAGGGAAGACUGUGUUGGGCAGGCUGCGGAAAUGUUGCAGCCUACAACAACCGGAGAGUAGAACGGCAAUUUAUAGCUCUUUGGAUCAAGUCGGUUUAAAUAACCGCACGGGUAUCCUGUAGGCUGUGUCGAGUUCAUCCACGGAUCUUACAUGAACCAAAAGUAGCAUUCAUAUAUGCCAAACGUAACGUGUACUGUGUGAAAUGAAUGAACUCCGAGUUCAUAUCUGUGCCCAUCUUCCCAUGCGUUAUUUCUGUAACAGAAACGCGCUUGUCGGAAUAGGUUGACGACAGUAUGUCUGCGUUCCCUGAGUUAAAAAUGUUCUGCAAAGACGGCAAAAACUGAAAGAAUGGAGAUAUACCAAUAUUUAUAAAGAAUAGCUCUCAUGUUUCAGCGAAAACUAGUAGUCUGACUUGUGCCACGGAAGCAGUUUAUUUGACGGUAAGAGCAACAGAUCCCCGAGGCCCUGCCGAAUUAUACUCGUUUUUUGAGCAUGAGAUUGGAAGAAAACGUGAUUUUUUACCGAAUAAGUAAAAGAAUGAAUAUCUUUAUGUAUGCUUUCCAUGAAAUAUAAUUGAAUUUUCAAGGGCAUCGAAAAUCAAUGAGAAAAUUGCAUGCUUAAUAUGUAGUCAUUUUUUGCAAAGUUUAGAUCUCGAAUGCAGCCAAAAAUAAGUUUUUUCGAAAGCCGACACCCUGAGGUAACUGAAUCCUUCUAGAUGUAUGCUGCAUCAUGAUUAGUUUUACAACACUACUUAAUUUAUCUUUUCGAAUCGAGAACACAUUUCGAAAUUUUGGUUGACAUUUCAUGAGUUAGCACAUCUACUGUAAAUGACUUUAAAACAUGCUCAGGCACCAAAUUUAAAUGCGUGUUGUCGUUCAGAUAUUUGGCAAGGCAUGCCAGCAAACUCUUUAGACUCGUUCAACGUGACAGCUUACAAAUGAAGUAUUUUUCACUAUCAACUGACCUCUUGCUCUAGACGAUGGCCAAUAGACGUUUCGCAAUGGCAUUUCUUUUUGAGAGAUGUUAUACUUUGUGCAAUGCAGUAAUGAUCACGGAACGGCACCUAAAAGUCAGCCAGGCUAGCAGCAAGUUCUCUUUGUUGUGUAUAGGCAAGGUUUAAGUAGGCCUCAAGACAACUUAGGAUGCGCAAUUUACAAUUGGAUUUAACUUCUGAGACAGGCGAAGUACAGUGAAUGAUCGAUCUCAUGAAAUGUUGACUGAAAUGCCGAAAUGCGUUUCCGAUUAGGAAGGAUUACUUAGGCGCGGUUGUAAUUUUGAUUAUCUUGCGGCAUAAUCUUAUAAAAUUUCGGACUUGGCAGGAUUUCAGCUCUUAAAUACACUGCAUUUCAACAUAAUGUAGAAACCGCCCUCGGUGAAAAAUGAUUACUGAAGCAGCAUGCAUUUCGCCCACUGAUUUUCAAAGGUCUCGCAAUUUCAAAUAUAGUUUAUAGAAACCACGGACGAAAAUAUGCUUUAUUUCAGUCGUUUGAUAGAGAAUCAGGUUAAUCUUCGUAUUUUAUUUUCUAAGAGCGAAUACUGUUAGGUUUGCAAAAGUUUCCAAUUAUGAGUUUUUUAAGGCCGCGCAAUCUCCAAUCAUAUAGCAUCGUACCUGUCGGUUCACCACUGCUUCUCAUGAACUGUACAACAAAGUCCGCAUUCACUGCAAAAUGUUAUGGACUCCAUAUGAUAUCUUUUUAAAGACAACAAUGAAUAUGUGAAUCGGGCUAAUCCACGGAUUUAACAUGAACCCCGAACUAACAUUUAUGUAUAUGAACGCGCAAAAUGUAGUCUCCGAAAGGAAUGAACUCCGAGUUCAUAUCUGUACCCAUCUUCCCAUGCGUUAUUUCAGCAACAGAACCGUGCUUGUCGGAACAGGUUGACGACAGUGGGCCUGCGUUCCCUGAGCUUUAUCUGUUCUACAAAAAGGGGCAGAAUCGAAAUGGUGGAGAUACAGCGUGCUUACUGAUGGGUAGAUCACGCAGCAGUCUACCCGGUGACAUGGUGUUUUGAAAUUUUCUUCAAAGUGAAAAUCGAAAUAGAUUUCAGUCGCCACUGAGUGGGUAUUUUAAGGUACGGCACAUCAAGUUCGGAGAUUUUAGGACUCAUAGCCGAGACGUUUUUUCGACGCGGUUCUCGCAGGAGCUGACAACAGCAUGAGUCGAGACUUGCUCGAAUCAUGGUCCUCAGGUUCGCAGUUAAUCAGCAAGCUCAAUGACCUACCGGUACCAUAUUCAGUGCUGACUCAUUCCCUGAGCAGGAGAAUCAGUCACGUGGAGAGGGUGCGGACGCUCAACUAUCCUGGUGCCAGCGGGUCGAAUCGCCGAGUAAUCAGCACGUUAACAUCCAACACGGAUUAUUCGAUUUCGGCAAUUAA